AUGGAGUUGGGCGUAACAAGCUCUAUUUUCCUGGCUGUCUGCAUCAGUCUUGUUGUAUAUUUUUUCUCAUGGAAGAAGAAGCUGAGGAGCAGAAAUCUGCCCCCUGGGCCACCCACGCUGCCCCUGUUAGGCACUGUUCUGCAUGUGAGCACCACAGAGAUGCCCCAGUCUUUAAUAAAGCUGAGUGAGAAGUAUGGACCUGUGCUCACCAUCUACAUAGGCAAUGUACCAAUGGUGUACUUGGUUGGCUAUGAAUGUGUCAAGGAAGCCUUACUGGAUAACAGUGACAUCUUCAGUGCAAGAGGAAAUACUUUCUUUGCUGAGGCAAUUUUCAAAGAUUAUGGAAUUGUACUAAGUAAUGGUGAACGCUGGCAACAGAUCCGCCGAUUCUCUCUGACCACUCUGAGGAAUUUUGGCAUGGGAAAGAAAGGACUUGCAGAGCGGACCCAGGAAGAGGCCCAUUACCUGGUAGAGGAAUUCAGGAAAAAUGGAGAAAACUUGUUUGAUCCAACGGAUUUGCUACGUUUGGCAGUCUCAAAUGUCAUUUGCUCUAUUGUAUUUGGAGAACGCUUUGACUACGAGGAUGAGAAGUUCACACAUCUUUUAUUCUUGAUGAAGGAAAUCCUAAACACCCUUGCCUCUGCAUGGGGUAUUUUGGUAAAUUUAUUUCCCACACCAUCAUAUUACUUACCCGGUCCCCAUCAGAAAAUCUUCAGGAACUUUAACAAGAUGAAAGAUUUUAUUAUGGAGUCUGUAGAUCAUCAUAAGAAGACUAUUGAUAUGAACUGCCCACGGGACUUCAUUGACAGCUUUCUCAUAAAGAUGGAAGAGGAAAAGAGCAAGCCAAAAACUGAAUUUCAUUUUGAGAACUUAUUCGGGACAGUAAUGGACCUUUUUAAUGCUGGCAUUGAAACAACCAGUGCCACCUUGAAAUGUGCUCUUCUCAUCUUGCUCAAGCACCCAGAUGUGGCAAGAAAGAUGCAGGAGGAGAUAGACAACGUCAUAGGGCAAAGUCGAUCUCCUUCAAUGGAGGAUCGUAUUAGGAUGCCAUACACAGAUGCUGUGAUUCAUGAAAUCCAGAGAUUUGCUGACAUAGUUCCCUUGGGAAUUCCACACUCAGCCAGCAAAGAUACAGUAUUCCAAGGAUACAACAUUCCAAAGGGUACAACAGUCUCCCCACUGAUUUCUUCUGUCCUAAAGGACCCUAAAUAUUUUAAACACCCAGACCAGUUUGACCCUGGACACUUCUUGGAUGAAAAUGAACAAUUCAAGAACAAUGAGGCCUUCAUACCAUUUUCCAUUGGAAAAAGAAGUUGUGUAGGAGAGGGUCUGGCCCGAAUGGAGAUCUUUCUUUUCCUUACUGCCAUACUGCAGAAGUUAAAUCUGAAGACAAACAAAGCUCUAAAGGAUAUUGAAAUAACCCCAGAACCCGGCAAAAAUGGUGUUAUAGUGAGAUCGUACCAACUGUAUGUGGAACUGAGAUCAUGA